CCCCUGAGUGAAAGCAGAAGCGAAGAGAGAGAGAGAGAGAGAGAAGGAAGGAGGAAAAGAAGAAGAGGAGGAGGUGGUGGGAGCUUGUCCAGGCUCCUAAAGGAAGAGAAGGAGGGAGGGAGGGUCUCCCCGGCACCAGCAGCCCCUCCCCUCCCCUCCCCUCCUUCCCUCUCCGGAGGGUCUCCUCCCCCCCUUCCUUCCUUCCUUCUUUCCCUGCCUGAGCUUCCCGGGGAGAAACUGCCAGAGGAGCCUCAGCAGAAGAAGGAGGAGAAGAAGGAAGAGAAGCAGGGCUGGAGGGGGGUCCCCACUGGCCCCGGAGACCCUCCGGCCCCCCCAAGAUGGUCAACGAGCGCUGGAAGAACGUGGGGGGCUCUGCUCCGCUGGAGGACGGACCCCAAGAGAAGUCCCAGAGAAUGAGCUGCGGCUACAUCCUGUGCACGGUGCUGCUCUCCGUGGCCGUGCUGCUGGCGGUGACGGUCACGGGCGCCAUCCUGCUCAUGAACCACUACCACGCGCCGGUCACGGACUCCCCGCCGAUCAUCAGCACCAACCCGGACGAGAGCGGCGCCCUGGUGACGAUCGAGCGGGCGUCCGACGGCUCCCGCGUCAACGUCUUCCUGGAGCCCCGCUGCCCCGAGCGGGAGGCCCACGGCGGGUCCGGCACCGGGGUGUCCCGCCUGGAGGGGCUGCAGUCCUCGCUCCUGAGGGCCGUGACGGACCACAGCCUGGAGACCAAGGCCGCCAAGGGCCAGGAGCGGGCCCUGCUGGCCGGCCUCUCGGACGAGGUCUCCAAGGUGCUGGCCCAGGCCGCCCAGCUCCGGGCCGAGUGCGAGGGGCUCAAGAAGGGCCACGGCGCCCUGGGGCAGGAGCUCAGCGCCCUCCAGAACGAGCAGGGACGCCUCAUCCAGCUGCUUUCGGAGAGUCAGACCAACAUGGCCCGGCUGGUCACGUCGGUCAGCGACAUCCUGGACACGUUGCAGAAGGAGCGUGGUUUGGCGAGGCCAAAGGCCAAAGCGGACCUCCAGAAGCCGCCGUCCCGAAGCGCAAAGCCCAAAGGAUGCUCCAACGGCUCUCGGCCUCGGGACUGCUUUGACCUCUAUGUAAACGGACAGCAAGAGGACGGGGUCUUCUCCGUCUUCCCCACUCACGCUCCGGAAGGCUUCCCGGUCUACUGCGACAUGACCACCGACGGCGGCGGAUGGACGGUCUUCCAGCGGCGCGAGGACGGAUCUGUGAACUUCUUCCGUGGAUGGGAAGCCUAUCGAGACGGGUUCGGGAAGCUCACCGGGGAGCAUUGGCUAGGCUUGAAACGGAUCAAUGCCUUGACCACACAAGCCGCCUAUGAGCUGCGCAUUGAUCUGGAGGACUUUGAGAACGAGACGGCCUAUGCGCACUACGGCACCUUCUCGGUGGGCCUGUUCUCGGUGGACCCCGAGGAAGACGGAUACCCCAUCACCAUUGCCGACUAUUCCGGGACGGCAGGAGACUCCUUCUUGAAGCACAACGGCAUGCGCUUCACCACCAAGGACCUGGACAACGACCACUCGGACAACAACUGCGCCACCUUCUACCACGGGGCCUGGUGGUACCGCAACUGCCACACCUCCAACCUGAACGGCCAGUACCUCAAGGGCCAGCACAGCUCGUACGCCGACGGCGUGGAGUGGUCCUCCUGGACCGGGUGGCAGUACUCCCUCAAGUUCACUGAGAUGAAGAUCCGGCCCGCCCGGGAGGAGAACUAGCUGCGAAUCCCCUCCGCCGUGCCCCUCUCUUCCCCUCCGAGACCCCUGAUCCACUGACCUGACCCACUGACCCCCGUAGCUCAGUGUCUUUUUUUGUCUGAGUCCGGGGAUACAAUGCUGUCCCUUCUGAAGGUAACUCUUUGUCGGUGCUGAAUCCAAAUGUGUUCUUUCGAGCCAGCAAUCUCUCAUUACGGGGAGUCUUAGAUCUCACACGUUCACCUUCCCUUUUUUGUAAAAAAAAAGAUGCUUUAAUAUCCAAAGAAUGGGAAUGCGAGGGGUGUUUUUUGUUUGGGUCUGAGCACAUCCAUCCACUGUAGGUUAGGCCUUCCGUCUGCGGUUGUUUAGUAGGUCCAAUGCAAGGGAAGGCCGGAGGCGUUUGAAAGCAAUCGGCGAGAUCCCUGUUGUACCAUCACACAAAACAAGAGCGGAUUUUACAGACAGAGCCGGCCCUAGGUAAUUUUCAAGUGUAAGCAAACAGUAUUUUUGGCGCCAGCCCCAAAAACAAAUCACUCGCUGCUUCUCUCUUCGUUGAGCCCCCGGCCUCGUCCCUUGCAACAAGGAAGGGGGUCGGGACUUUGGGAAGAAGAGAAGCUGUGUUUCUCUCCCUCUUUUUGCAGCUGGACGCCUGGAUGCACCUCAACUGGCGUCUUCUGCAAAUGCGUAGUUCGCUUACGGCUUGAGCCGCCCCUGUUUACAGAUGCACUCUCCUUUUUAUGUUUGUUGGUGCACAAAGGCUGGGAGAUCCUCCAACAGACAGUUGGCUCUGGCUCCUGUUUUGGAGCGAAUAAGAAACGCUUGGAUCUUCUUGCUGCUAAGGGAAUUGCAAGCCAAUGGGUGAGCUGCACUCUUUCUGCAGAGAGAAAGAAACACAGCAAAACAAGACUAGAAAGAAGGCAUAUAGUGUCGAGACAGCUUCCGAAAGCCACGUUUCUUGAGAAGAGGACCAAAACGUCGUUUUGAAAAGCACAUAAUCAUUGAAUCCAGCGAGCCGCAUCUAGCCUCAAUUGCCCAUCGACUGGCGGUCCAACCACAACGCAAAGUCAUAUUUUCUAGACAUGUCCAAAAAAUCGUUUUGAAUCGUAUAUCGGAAUUAUUUCAGAUUGUUCUCGCUUUUUGAUACGCAUUCCGAGACAUUGUCUCACAGCGCAACCAGCAAUGUAAUUCAAACCAUUGUUGGCCCAUUCUCUAAUUGUCUCUUAAUGUUUCGUUAAUAUUUUUCCCCAAUUUUUUUUGUUAAAUAUAUAUUAAAAAUAUUUUAAUUUUUUUUUCAUUUCUUCAACCUACUUUGAAUGGGAGCUUAGCGCAGCCUAACAUGGCUGCCGCUCCCCGGCCAAUCAGAAGCUUCCACGAUGGACGCAAAGGUGGGGGCUAACGUCCUCUGCGUCCACAUGGAAGAUUGCCAUACAAGCCCGGUGUGUAGCGAUUGCGCAUGCGCGUCCGCCAUUUUAGAAACAUUUAGAAUCAUUACGAAUUUUUGGAAAUAUCUGAAAUUUUUGGGUGAAAAAAUCGGAAAUACUUUCUAUAUCGAAGCGCCAGCCCCCCCCCCCCCCUACUUUAGAAACGAGAAUUGGAACAUUUUUUUCAUCGAUCGGACAUGCCUAAUAUUUUCCUUGAAUAUUUCAUUCAGUCCCUACUAUUGGUUUAUGCAGCUGGGCAAAGGCAUUGGAAAGGUUGGAGCACCGUCUCUGGGUUUUGUGGUUACGAGAUCCUAAAUUAGAUUUCCAGGACCCUAGCUUUAGGAGGAUUAUGGUUUUAUGGCCAUGAAUGACUGCAGAAUUGCACUGGAUUCCGGUGUCUUUAGGCCUUUUCUAGGUCCUCCAUUGCGAUUCCGCGGUCUUCAGAGCUCAGAAAUGACAGGGUAGCCUCACAAAAGUGCCAGCUGCCCGCCUAACAAGCAGGCAGCAGCUCCCUUCCGAUGAGCCAUACACCUGUUAAAAUUCUCAUUUCUCCCAAUUACGGUCUUGUCGAGUCAAUCAAAGGGGACUUUUUCUUUCGUGAGUUACGGGCAGCGUCAGAAAUUGAGCCUUUGAAGAUCUCCCUGCCUUCCUUCCUUCCUUGUCUUUUCUUCUCUUCUUUUGUUCUUUUUUUUUUCUUCCUCCUUCGGCUCGGCAGAAAACGGGAUUGCCAAAGAGGCUUUUGAGCAAACGCCGCAGCGCCCGGCGCACCAAUGGCCAGAGAGUUAGCGGGCCAAGCUGUUCCCGUCAAGCCCAGAUGUUCCAAAUUGGGACAAUUGCCCAGGUUUGAUGCAAACCGCAAUCCCCUUGGCUGUGAAGGGAUAGAUCUCGCUGGGAAGAAGAAUUUAUUUGGCAGGUAAAGGCGGCUCGAGGUGGGCGGAUGGGAGGAAGGAAUUGCAUCCCUGUCGCAAAGGAGAGAAAUGGGCUGCUCCGGGAAAGCUCCUCCAUCUCCGUCGUGUCAGAACAUGUUUCGAAUUUGAGUUUCCUUCCAAUGUCUACCUCCCCACGAUUAAAAAAAAAAAGGGAAUCUGCAAUUCCAUGGGAGUUGCGAGGGAAGAAGACAGCUUUUGGAAAUGUCGGCAAGGGAGCCGGGUUCGGGGCUGAACGUUGUGGCAAAUGACCCGCUGCAUGCCGAUCGGGGGAAGUAGAUCUAGCGUGUGAUUGGUGUCCGGUGCUGUAACCUUUGGACUUGCUCAAACUCCUUAAUAAUAAAAAAGGAACUCAUUAUUAUGUA